UACCGGGCUAAUGGCUAAGAAUCGAAUGCUGAGGAAGACUGAGAGUUGCUGUGAAGUUUAAAACAAAAGUUUGUCGAAAUAUUUCUACAAAAAGGCUCAACUGACGACGUCGGACUCCCUGUGGAGUUGUCAUGGCACCACCAAAAAAGAGGGCGUUACCCAAACCACUCCCAGAGGGCUUUGUACUGACGGACACUGAGAAGAAGAAAUGGAGGCUGGGGAAAAUCAUAGGUCAAGGUGGCUUUGGACUGAUCUAUCUUGCCUCCCAUGAUGUGGACAGACCUGUCUCAGCAGACACUGACUUUGUCAUAAAAGUGGAGUACCAUGAGAAUGGCCCCCUGUUCUCGGAGCUCAAGUUCUACCAGAGGGCAGCCAAAGCGGAGAGCAUGCAAAAAUGGAAGAGAAGCAGGAAACUGGACUUCCUGGGCAUCCCAACAUACUGGGGAUCAGGACUGGCGGAACAUAAUGAACUCAGGUAUCGUUUCAUGGCCAUGGACCGACUGGGCAGUGACCUUCAGAAAGUCUGUGAGAGCAGCGGAGGUCGACUGAAGAAGACCACCGUUCUCUGGCUGGGUCAAGGACUGGUGGACGUAUUAGAGUAUAUUCAUGAGAACGAAUAUGUACAUGCAGACAUUAAAGCUGCCAACCUCAUGCUGGGUUUCAGAGACCCUGAACAGGUCUUUCUCGCAGACUAUGGGCUGUCCUACAGAUACUGUCCUGAUGGAGACCACAAAGAAUACAAGGAAAACCCCAAGAAGGGACACAAUGGAACCAUCGAAUACACCAGCAUCGAUGCUCACAAAGGAGUUGCUCCAUCUAGACGUGGUGACCUCCAGAUUUUGGGUUUUUGUCUUCUUCACUGGAUAUGUGGGUCUCUGCCUUGGGACAAAGUUCUGAAUAACCCAGCUCAGGUCCAGGAGGCCAAGGCCAGACUGAUGGAUAAUCUGCCAGGCUCAGUUCGGCAGCUGUCAGUGAGUGGAGCCAGCACAGAUGAGGUGGCUGCAUUCCUCAGUUAUGUGAAAACUCUGGACUACCAAGAAAAGCCAAACUACCAGCGAGUAAAGCAGCUGCUGGCCACUGGCACCACGGGUAGACUCGACUUCUCCAUGCCGAAAGGGCCUGCAGGGGGGUCAACCACCAAGAUACAAGACCCCGCCACCAGGGACAAGAAAACAGGACGAGCCAGAGGGCCCUCCAAAGCCAAGGCUGUGGUAACGGAGGUUGAUGAUAAUGAUGAUGAAGAACAAGAAGAAACGAUGAAGUUGAAACCAGUGCCAGCUCGCUACAAAAGAGGACCACCCGUCAGUAAACCUCAAACACAGCAGGAAGAUGUUGGCGCUUUGCCUCCUGCCAGAUCACUGAGGCCAAGGCGAGGCCCUUCCACUUAUAACGAGGACGACAGUGUUAGUGAGGAUGAAGAGGAGGAGGAUGAAGAGGAGGAGGAGGAAGAGGAGGAGGAGGAGGAGGCUAGAUCCAGACCUAUCCCUGCAUGCUAUCUGAGAGGCCCCCCGAUCGGCCCCAGACCCCAGCCCAAACAGAAUACUAAACCCAAACGGAGCAGCGGGAAAACAGAUGACUUCACCGUGACCUCAGAGAGACGCGCAGGACUACACUCGCAAAGAAGAAAUCACAUAUUGGCAAACUGUGAUGCAGAGGAGCGAGCGCACACGGACUUCUGGGAGAAAUGGGACGAAAGGCCGUGGCCCUACGAUGAGUAUGCCAACCGAGGACGGACAGGUCCAAACUGGGACUGUCCUCAAAUUCACCAGAAUCACCUCUCGACCCCUCAGGCCCAGCCAUUGCUCCACUACAGAGCAUGCUACAGCCACAGACAGUGUUGCCACGGCAACCUCUGUUGUAAACACAGACAGUGUUUUGGUGACUGGGAAGGGUCUGCUCACAGGGGCCCACAGGAGGAAGCUGGUCCCAUUCAGAGGAAAGGACUCUUUUCCUGGUGUCUCUUUUUGGUCGUCUUCCUUUUCCUGGGUGCUGCUCUUGGUGUUUGCCAAAGUGCUUUUAAACCUUUUUAAACAAGAACGUUUUUGGGUAGGAACAGGAUCAACUGGGGAAGCACCCAGUGAGAUACUGAGGGAUUUUUCCACAAUAUUUUUUAUUUAGAAACAGCUUUUUGCAAUCACAAAACAACACACAAUUAUAUCUAAUUCCAGAACAAAAGAGAGAGAGAAAUAAAAAAAAAAAAUAAAAAAAUAAUAAAUAAGAACAAGAAUGCUCCUCAUAUGUUAAAAAUGCUAAUCUAUACAGAGUGGAGUACAAUAAUUGCACUAAAUGUUAAAUAUGAGCAAUAUUCAAAAGACCAAAAAAUAAUUUAUACAUGCAUCUGCAUAGUCCACAAAAAAUGGCAUUUAAUUUGAUCAUGUGAUACCAAUGCUUAAUAAAAGAAAUAAAAAGAAUAAAAAAAACUUAGCUGAUACCUGAUAUCAGUGUUUGUUGUUGUUGUUAGUUUAAGUUUUUUGUUGUUGUCAUGUUUUUAUUCUGAUACACACUGAAAGGCUCCUCCAGGAAGUGCAAGAACCCGAUGGCAGUCUUAUCUGCUAUUUAUCAAACUUUUAUUCUGACCUACACGUUG